AUGUCUUUUCUCCGGAGUGUUUUGAACAGCUCAGGGGUCAUUCAUCCUCCGGGCUUCUACAUCAUCGGUUUUGAGACUUUCUCCAACGUCCGUUUCUAUUUCGUCUUCCUGGCGUUUGUUUACGUGAUGACGGUGUUGUUUAACAGCAUGGUCAUUUACAUCAUUGCUAAUAAUCAUCGUUUGCACACUCCAAAGUUUCUGGCUGUUCUCAACCUUGCGGUGAUUGAUGUGAUUCUGAACACGUGCACGAUUCCCAGCAUGAUUAAGGUGUUCCUCCUGAAGGACAACUUCAUCCCCUUCAACCUGUGCUUGGUCCAAAUGUUUGUCUACUACACGUUUGGAACUCUGGAGUCUUACGCUCUUGCCAUCCUCGCCUAUGACAGAUUGCUUGCAAUAUGUUUCCCUUUGCGCCACAACUCCAUCAACACACUGCGCAGCAUGUGCUGCAUCGUCAGCCUGUCCUGGUCGUUUGCGUUGGGGGUCAUCGCAUAUGCGGUGGCUCUGAUGACCCGGCUGUCUUUCUGCAGUUCUCUGGAAGUGCUCAGCUACUUCUGCGACUACGCGCCGGUGUUUCGGCUGGCCUGUAACGACUACUCCAUGCAGUGGUGGGUGGCCUCCAUGCUGACGUUCAUGCUCCUCGUGGGCCCGUUCACCUUCAUCUUCCUGUCUUACGUCAGCAUCCUGGUGACGGUCUUCAAGAUGAAGUCCCUGCAGAGCCGAGUGAAGGCCUUGUCCACGUGUGUUGAGCAUCUCAUCCUCGUAGCGAUAUUUUACAUUCCUCUCAUUGUCAUUUUCACCAUUGGCUUUUACAUGAGGCUCAUUGACCCAGACCAGCGGGUCCUCAGCUUGUCUCUGGCCUCCUGCAUCCCGCCGUGCAUAAAUCCCAUCGUUUACUCUCUGAAAACCAAAGAAAUCAAAAUCAGAGUGCUGGCACUGAUGGGAAAAAACUGUGUCGGCGCAGACCAGUGA